AUGAGUUCGAAUCUGCGAAAGCUGCGAUUUAUGCAGAAGGGCGAGGACAAGCCCCAACCUCCGACUGAAAAGGUCGUAAACACGCUGAUUGGGGACGAAUCUGUCUGGAUAAGGCCAGGGUUCGAGGAGUUUCACAAGAAGCACGACGAAGCUACCGAACACAAACAGAAAUACCACAAAAUUAAGUACAUGACCAGGCGGUCGUUCAACGGAGCCAACCCGUCCGUCGAGGCCUUCAUGGUUAAGUUGAGGAGGAAGCCGGCAGGCUAA